GAUACAGCUGGUGAUAACAGGCUUGGGAAAGUCCUUGUGGCUAGUAUAAAGCUUGCUUGCAAGUCCCACUCUCCACCAGUGACCAGCCAUGAAGUCUCUCGUGCUCUGCCUGCUCCUCGCCGGGGCCUUCGCCGCCCCCUCCAGGAAGCCCACCUUCCGUCGCGGUCUCAACAAGAUCGUCGGAGGAAGUGAGGUCACUCCUGGGGAGCUGCCUUACCAGCUCAGCUUCCAGGACAACUCCUGGGGGACCGCCUGGCAUUUCUGCGGCGCCUCCAUCUACAACGAGAAUUGGGCCAUCUGCGCUGGUCACUGCGUCCAGGGCGACGACUUUGAUAAUCCCAGCUACCUUCAGGUCGUGGCCGGAGAGCAUAACUUCGACGUGAAUGAGGGCAACGAGCAGACGGUCGUCCUCUCCAAGAUCAUCCAACACGAGGACUACAACGGCUUCACCAUCAGCAACGACAUCUCCCUGCUCAAGUUUUCUCAGCCUCUGAGCUUCAACGACUACGUUCGCGCCAUCGAUAUUCCCGCUCAGGGUCACGCUGCCUCUGGCGACUGCAUCGUGUCCGGCUGGGGCACCACCUCCGAGGGAGGAAGCACCCCCAGUGUCCUGCAGAAGGUGUCCGUUCCCAUCGUGUCUGACGACGAGUGUCGCGAUGCUUAUGGCCAGAACGACAUUGAGGACUCCAUGAUCUGUGCCGGAGUGCCCGAGGGCGGCAAGGACUCGUGCCAGGGUGACUCUGGCGGCCCCCUUGCCUGCUCUGACACCGGCUCCGCCUACCUGGCCGGCAUCGUGUCCUGGGGCUACGGCUGUGCCCGUCCCAACUACCCUGGCGUCUACACCGAGGUUGCCUACUUCGUUGACUGGGUCCUGGCUAACGCUGUCUAAAAAAUCAUCAUAAUAAAUCAUAUGAAAUAAAGAUUCAAAUUGUGAGAAAGUAA